AUUGAUCAUUUGCGGUUUGCUUGUAUGUUCUAGAUUAGUGUUUUUUAUAUGAAUAAUUUGUAUGAGAAAAUUGAUGUUAAACUUUUAUUUUGAAAUAAAUUUGUUAUUGUGAAUUUUUUACCACAAAAAACCCACGGGACCCAUGAACCCGCGGAUACUCAGAUGGUUGGGUUGGGUUUGAGUUUUUCAAACCCAGCAGGUUUUACCCCAGUUUUUUUUACGGAUAAACCCAUAGGUUUGGGUUUGACAAAACCCGCCCAACCCGACCCAUUGCCAUCCCUACCUAUCUCUGCUCUGUCUUCUCCUGCUCCUUUUCUCCCUCUUCUUCUCAAUCUAUCUUCCUUCUCCUAUAAUUUCUCCUUCUGAUUCUUCAAUUGAGAUCUCCAUUCCAUUCCUUUGAUCGAUUAACUCGCUGAGAAGAUCCAGUUCCGACUCCGACUGUUACAUCUUACCGCCUUGGAGUGCGAUCACCUGAUCUCCCUGGUGAGUUGGUUACUGUUUCUUUGACCAGUUCGAAUAGAGAGUGAAUCUGUUUCUCCUCUGAUUUUCUUGUUGGCGGGUGAGAAACUCUCCAGGCGAAAUCGGAGCUGAAGAGAUCGGCUGUUGCUGAUAAUUUGAGUAGGCAGAGUACGCUGAGCGAAGUCCGGACCAGCUCUGGGAUGUUCAUUCCCAAGGGAAAGGUUUUGCUGCUUCCUUUUACUCUCCAUUUUUAGCAUGCGUGUUCUUGAAUGGGAUCUUGUUAGAAUAAUUAGCUUGCUUCGAUUCUCCCAAUUUGGGGAGUUUUCUUUGAGUUUCCUAGUUAGUCUUCGUUCUGUUGUAACUGUUAUUGUUCUGCUACUUUCUAGGAUCCAAUUGUUGCUGGCAUUGAAGAGAAGAUUGCAACUUGGACGUUCUGAUUUCCAAAAGGUUUUUCAUUUGCCCUAAUCAUACUUCUUGACCUAUUUCCUUAUCCCUCAGUUCCUUCUGAUUUCAAGUUCUUUACUUGGGCUUCUUCUUGCAAUGUGAUGGAUGAAUUGAAGAAUCCAAACGGUUGUUGUUCCAAUGCAUGUUCAUCUUGUGAAACAUAAUUGACUAUCAGACUAAAGCUACCAAUCACCUACCAAUCCAGCCAUCCAACCAUUUUCCUCCCAUUGAAACUCAAGUGACUGGCCGCCAUCGAAUCAGAUUCAGAGAACUCCGGCCACCACAACCAUCAGACUAAAGCUAUUAGCAGAACAGCAGAGGAGCUCCCCUACAAAUGGCGGAAACGAUACCUACCAAAUCACAUUCUGCAACCGAAGGUAAGCAUCCAAACUUCAUUGAGAAGGCUAAGGAAAAGAUUGACAAGGUAAUCCACUCUCCAAAGCAUACCAAGGAAACUCAUGGAACAAGCAAUGACAUUGAUGAGAAGACAGACAUUGAUGAAGUGAGGGGUCCAGGAGUGUUUCAGAGGGCCAAGGAAGAAAUCGAGGCCCUCGUCGAGACGAUUCAUCACAAGAAGGAAAAGGCAGGAAACCACUCCCCAACUCACACCAAGGAAACUCAUGGAACGAGCGAUGACAUUGAUGAGAAGACCUCCAUUGAUGAAGUGAGAGGACCAGGAGUGUUUCAGAGGGCAAAGGAAGAAAUCGAGGCCCUCGUCGAGACGAUUCAUCACAAGAAGGACAAGGCAGGAGACCACUCCCCAACCCAUACCAAGGAAACUCACAAGAAGGACAAGGCAGGAAACUACUCCCCAACACACACCAAGGAAACUCAUGGAACAAGCGAUGACAUUGAUGAGUUCACAUCGGUCGAUGAAGUAAAAGGGCCAGGGGUGUUUCAGCGGGCAAAGGAGGAGAUCGAGGCCCUCGUCGAAACAAUUCAUCCGAAGAAGGAGAAGGAUCAUCACAAGUCAUCUUCCACAUAAUAGUAUGGAAGUUGGAAGGUUUGACAAAUAUUUGGUUGUGUUAUCAUCCUUUGGGUAUAGGGUGAGAGAUUGAUCAGAAUGUGCAUUCCACGAUGACCAUUGUCAUUUGAAAACAUCUGCUGAAUGGAUUGUAAUUUGAUGAUUCACCAUUGUAGUAAUUGCUCUUCUUUCUUGUGAUACCAAUGCUCUAUUUCUAUAUGGAUGUUUGCUAUUGGUUCUUCAUCCAAAUUAUAAAAAGAAUUGCUCAGUUUUUCAUCAAAUUCAUUUCGUCAGAUCUCAGGGCAUAUGUUGAUCUUGCGUUCAAUGCUUGCCCCAUAGCUGUGACGCCGUCUUUUGAUCAUCAUGUUGCAUUUUCAUCCCAUGACCUGCACCGUAGAUAUGAUUCAUUUUGUGGAACUGUUUAUUAGUUGUGUAAUAAAUUUUCAUCUUUCCA